UACACAUGAGGAGGCAUUCCUGUGUUGUAUCAUUCAGCUGUGUGGCUUCAUGGUAUGCACUACAUUGUCAUCUCCACCGCAGUUUAUAAAUCUCCUUAUUGGUGGUCAGCGCUCCCCAAUACUUGCUGCAAUCACACACAUUCACGUUGCAUGUAUGAUAGUAGGUAAAAAGAAGGAUAUGAAGAAAGACACAAAGAAGUGUGAAAAGUCCGAUAGCAGUGCUAAUUUUGGCAGCUCUUGGGGAAGUCAUAUGCUAAGAUGAGAAGCAGCUAUAUCAGAUUUGUGAUCUACAUGAGGAAACAACAACCCUUGAGCUAAGUGCAUAGUGUGACUACUUUGAAGAGUUUGCCAGUCAGCAAUUUUGAUCAAAGGUCCACAUUAUCAAACAUCAGAACUCAUAAAAAGGUUCAUCUGUUGAUGGCACAAACAGUUUAUGACUGCAGGGCUAUUGAACUUCUGGCUAACAUUGUUAUAUCAACAAAGUGCUCAACAGAUAUCCCAUACUGCUGUAAUAACACAUAUCGGUGCUGUGUGUACAACAGAAGGCACGAAGAACUUUGGGAAACCUGGUACUUCUGGUUAGGCAUUACACUGAUUGCCCUGUUUGUGCUGACAUCUGCACUCUCAUAUGCUGUGGCAUACUUCAAAAGAAAGCAACAAAAUUUGAUCCGCAUCCACAAUGUGGCUACUCCCAGCAGUCCACCAAUCAGCACUGUCAGUGGACCUGGAGGAAUAAUACAGCCCAAGAUCGAUUACAGCAACAAGGGUUCACAUUUGCGUGCCACAGCAUUCAUAACAAGUCCUGACCUAUACCUGGAGGAUUUUACUGGGCCUCUGGAUCCACCAUAUCCAGCAACACAACCCAUCACGGUGGUCCGCGGCAGUGUCCCACCCCAAGGAUUUCGCCACACGCAGCACUACACAGAGCUGGUGCUCCCACCUGGUUAUGUCGAUACUGAUUACCAUUUCAAGCACACACUAUGAGAAGAACACUGUAAAUAAAUUUAUGAUUAUAUAUCUUCGGCUAAGUGAAAUAAUCUGUGUAUGUGUGUACCUUCUCAAGCCUGUAGUACAAGAUAACUGUGAAAUCUCUCAGAUCAUCACGUAACACAUGAGUAACUAUUAUGUAAGAUUUACUUAAAA